GCGUCUCUGAUUGGUCGACGGGCAGCUCAGCGCUACUUCCGUGGCGCACCAGAGGACCCGGUGCGCUCUUCACGGUGGAGUAAUCGGUGUAAAAUGGCGCUGUCUCAGGCAACAAAGAAGAAAGUUUGCUACUACUAUGACGGGGAUGUGGGGAACUACUACUACGGCCAGGGCCAUCCCAUGAAACCCCACAGGAUCCGCAUGACACACAACCUCCUUCUCAACUAUGGACUGUACAGGAAAAUGGAGAUUUACAGACCACACAAAGCCAGUGGUGAAGAGAUGACAAAGUACCACAGUGAUGACUACAUUAAGUUCCUCAGGUCCAUCCGACCAGACAACAUGUCUGAGUACAGCAAACAGAUGCAGCGAUUCAAUGUCGGAGAGGACUGUCCGGUGUUUGAUGGUCUGUUUGAGUUUUGCCAGCUCUCAACAGGCGGAUCUGUCGCUGGGGCGUUGAAGUUGAACAAGCAGCAGACAGAUAUCGCCAUCAACUGGGCCGGCGGACUCCACCACGCCAAGAAGUCUGAGGCCUCAGGUUUCUGCUACGUCAACGACAUCGUCCUGGCCAUCCUCGAGCUGCUGAAGUACCACCAGAGGGUGUUGUACAUAGACAUUGACAUCCACCACGGCGAUGGAGUGGAGGAGGCCUUCUACACGACGGACAGGGUCAUGACCGUCUCUUUCCACAAGUAUGGGGAAUACUUCCCUGGCACUGGAGACCUGAGGGACAUCGGAGCUGGAAAGGGAAAGUACUACGCAGUGAACUACCCGCUCAGAGACGGCAUUGAUGAUGAGUCCUACGAAGCUAUCUUCAAACCCAUCAUGGCUAAAGUCAUGGAGAUGUACCAGCCGAGUGCUGUCGUACUCCAGUGUGGAGCUGAUUCUCUUUCUGGAGACCGACUGGGCUGCUUCAACCUCACCAUCAAAGGCCAUGCCAAAUGUGUGGAGUACAUCAAAAGUUUCAACCUGCCCCUGCUGAUGCUGGGCGGCGGAGGCUACACCAUCCGCAACGUGGCCCGCUGCUGGACGUACGAGACGGCCGUGGCCCUGGACUGCUCCAUCCCCAACGAGCUGCCCUACAACGACUACUUUGAGUACUUCGGGCCCGACUUCAAGCUGCACAUCAGCCCGUCCAACAUGACCAACCAGAACACCAACGAGUACCUGGAGAAGAUCAAGCAGCGUCUGUUUGAGAACCUCCGUAUGCUGCCUCACGCCCCCGGCGUCCAGAUGCAGGCGAUCCCCGAGGACGCGCCCCACCCGGACAGCGGAGACGAGGAAGAGGAGGACCCCGACAAACGCGUCUCUAUCCGAGCCCACGACAAAAGGAUAGCCUGCGAGGAGGAGUUCUCUGACUCUGAGGACGAGGCGGAGGGGCAGGGAGGAGGCCGCAGGAACGCAGCCAACCACAAGAAGGCCAAACGAGUGAAGAAGGAGGAGGAGAAGGAAGGGGAGGAAAAGAAAGAAGUGAAAGAGGAGGAGAAAGAGGAAGAGAAGAUGGACACAUCAGGACCAAAAGAAGAAGUGAAGACAACUUGAAGUCUGAUUGGAGGAGGAAGAGUUGCUUGAACUGUCGUCCUCAAAUCCCACUGAUUCCUAUACUCUCCUGCUGUGACAAUAGGAGCCUUUUUCUAUUCCUCUUUUAUUAUUUGUUCUUAUGGGCAAACCUGGUUUACACUGUAUUAUUAUUAUUACAUUUGUUACCAACCUCAGUGAAACACCAGAUGAGUGGGCGGGGCAAAUCCACAGCUGUUUAUCAGUUUUGCGUUCCCCGCCCUGUUCACUGUAUGGAGCGUAAACCCCACCCGACUGGUGCUUUUAUGUAGUCUGAAAACAAAUGCCACAAAUCCAUUUUUUCUUUUUUUUUCGUGUGAACCAGGUCUGCUUUAACGUGAAGAAAAGCACUCAAACGAUUACUGUUCCUAUCAUGGUGUUACAGAUUUUAAAGUUUUAGGGGCUUAUGUCAAAAAUACCUGCAGAGAUGUAGAUGAUUUAUAAGAAUAGUGCUCACAUGCAAAAAAAAAAAAAAGGCUUUUCUGUUUAGUUUUUAAACAUCUAUUUAUGAUACUGUAGAAUAACCAGCAUUUGGCUUGCUGUGUUGAUUUAUCAGUGAAUGCAUGUUUAGAAUAAUCUGGCCUUCAGCAUGUAUAUAUCGCUCCUUUUCUGCGCGGACAGGCCCUGGUCUAUGCUCAGUAACUUAUUUUAAUUCACCAACGGUCCCUUUAGCCCAUCUUUCCUAUGAACAUGGUCAGUGUGUUUCUUCUUCCUGCAUCGUUUGUAUGUGAAGUAUGAAUGGGGACAUGAAGGUUUGGAGAUGUUUGGAAGUGAGUAACUUGUUUUAGAUAUUUUGUACCAUUAUACAUAAAGGUAGAGUGAGCUGGUUAAAUGGACCCUCUACAUGUGGUUGUUUGGAGUUUUAUCCUUGUGAAAUGUGCAUUAUCAUAACUUUUUAAUAAAAAA